AUGGCACCCCAAACCGUGGCCAGCCUUGCUGAACAGUUUCAUGCGUUUCGAGACAAAGUUUCUGACGAUAUCGCUGGCAUGGAAACCCAACUCUCCAAACUCAGUGUUGACUUCAAAGACGAGUUGGUACAGGCUCACACACAUCGUGCUGACCUCAAAGACAAAUUGGUACAAGCUCACACACAUCGUGCGCAGACGGACCUUGCCAUCACCAAACUCCAAGACUCCGUUCAGUUGCUUAUCAAUCACUUUCGGGCUGGACAUGCUGAACCUUCUACCUCCGUGGUGCUCUCGAGUUCAUCUACGCCACCACCGACAAGUGGCCUUUUGCCCAAUCCACCAGUGGAUCAAAAACUCAAGGCCGUGCCAUACGGCAUGCCGCAUAGCUCCACGGGCCCUCGCUUGAUGAGCCCAAGACUCAAUUGGAGGCCCCCUUUUCUUUUGGGUCCCUUCCACCGCUCCAUUAUACCCAACACACAACGGGCCCUUCUACAGUUCCACAUGAUCAAGGCACUCAUCCCCCUCGUCGUUUUGACAACGAUGUCAUCCGCCACAUCAAGCCGACUGCUCCUACUUUUGAUGGUCGUGGAGAUCCUACGAUGUUUCUUGAUUGGGUUCAAGCCAUGGAAGAUUAUUUCGCCUGGUACAACUUGA